GUUCAACUUACUACCUAUUAUCGUUUCACCAAUUAAGCUCCUCCCUGCACAUUAAGCACCAAUCAAUCAGCCAACAUGGAAGACCCAGCCUCAGAAAUCAGCACCAUAAUCCACCACCUCACGCAAUCCACCCCGCAAGACCAAGAGCGCACGAUCCAGAAAUUCUUCACCCCGUCCGCGGCCUUCGUCCACCCCUUCUGCCGCGUCUGGAGCUACCCGGGCAGCCGCUGGUUCGUCGAAAAGAUCUACCAAUGGUACAAGAUCAUGUCGCCGCGGAUUGAACUGGAGGUGCAAUCGGUUGCCUUCGACAAACCCUCCCUAAAACUCUACCUCACCAUCUCCCAGAUCUUCUCCAUCUGGCUGGUGCCCUUCCAUGUGGCGCCGGUGACCCUGACGACCGUGCUGGACCUGACCACGGACCCGGAGGACGGGCGCACCCCCGUGCAAGGGUCCGGGAAGCGGUACUACAUCAAGAAGCAGGAGGACUUCUACCAGCCCUCGGAGUUCAUCAAGUUCGUCCUGCCCUGGGGCAUCGGGCAGCUGUUGGUGCUGGCGGCGCAGACGUGGGCGACGCUGUUCUGCAUCGUCGGGUGUGCGGUGUUCUGGCCGCUGAUGUGGUUGGAGGAGAAAGGGGUCGUGCCCGGUAGGGUGUUGAAGAAGGGGAAUCUGGGUGGGGAUGUGGUCGGGUGGGAGAAGAGGAGGUUUUUGAUGGUUAAUGGGACGGGGGAGGGUUCCGGGGGGGAGGGUUCCGGGGAGAAGCAGGGAGAAGGGAAGGGGGGGCAGAAGGGGGAGUAA